UCGCCUUUUAUUCAAAGAUGAAUAUUUCAGAUGCCAGUUUGACUCAGAUCACUUGGAAUAAAAUUAUAAGCGACCAGUUGUAUGCCACGUUGGACACCUAUGUAUCUUUCUGGGCUCUGUUUUUCCUUUCCUGUUUCGGGGCCGCCACCAACACUUUAAACAUCAUCGUCUUCUUGGGUCAAGGGUUCAAGGACGGGGUCAACAUCUCCUUAAUGUCCAUCACCUUUUGGGAUCUUGUGAAAUGCACCAACGGCCUCAUUCAUAGAAUGUAUGGCCCCAUCAGUCUGUUCUCCACAGCGGUGGCGUCAUCGUGGAGAAACAUUACCUUCCCCUACGUGGAGUACACGCCCAUCUUCGCUAGCUAUGUGGCUUACGCCUUAGCAACUUACGUGUCGGUUGAGCGAUGUUUGUGUGUGUGUAAGCCGUUUAAGGUCAAGGCUAUCUUUACUCCAAAGUUCACGCUUGUGAUGGUGGUACUUAUUUCCUUGAUGGUUUUUGGUGCCUACGUUGUCAUCUAUUUCCUGUAUGAAAUCUACUAUGACUACAGCGCGUAUCUCAAUUCUACAAUAGCCUAUUACAAAUACAACAGGCUCUACUUUGAGUAUGGCCAUAUAAUCAUGCCUUACUACAAAUUUGUCGCCAUUGGGCUCCCAUCUUUAAGCUUCAUCACUCUUUGCGUGAGUUCUGCUACCACGGUGUAUCAUCUGAAAAAAUCCGCCAAAAUUUUUCAGCGCUACCAGCUUCAGAACAGGCGAGAUAAAAAUGCUUCGGGAAUUUCCCAAAGAGAGAAACAAGUCGCCAAGAUGUUGCUUGUCGUUAUCAUUGUCAACAUCGGGAAUUUAUUUCCCCGUAUAAUUUUCUACGUAGGUCAGUUGGUGGAGCCUGAAUUCUAUGUCCUGAAAAAGUAUCAUAAUUUUUUCCUAACAGUGGCAGAAUUUUUGUUUAUUUUGGAUUUCAUGAACGCAUCGGUUAAUUUUUUUAUUUUUCUAUCAAUGAGUACCAAUUUUAAAUACACAUUUAAACAAAUCAUGUCUAAACUUGUAAAAUUUGAAUAAUCUAUUAUUCGUAAUAAACCUUUCAGCGAUACCCUUACUUGAACCAGUAACAAUCAAAAUACGCUAGAUUAUAACCUGACUUAAUUCAAAAUUCCAAUCUUACAAAAGGCGGGGAUCGUGAUUUGAUAGUAGGCCUAUGAGUGGAAGAAAUUGAAAAAGUUUGAGGGUGUAUAGACAAUAGUUUAACUAUUGGAAAGAAUCAAAAUGACGGUACUAAUUUCGUGGAUCAAUUACCUACUGCUCCACCCAGAAAUUAAUGUAGAAAUAACGCUACUAAUAAUUGUUAUUAUCAGUGAAGAAAUGUGUUUUAUAAUUGUGCAUUACACAUAACAAUACUAUUAGAGAGCUAAUGAAUUCUACAAUAGCACACAAACACGUUGAUACCCCAGAAAUUUAGAUCAGA